AUGGAAGGUAAUGAGUUGCCAGAACCCAUUUGCGAAACGUUUCAAAUACCAGACUUUGAUCAACCCAGAGUCGUGCGGGGGGGAUUUCGCUUCUACCACUUGGAAGUUGAAGUCGAGUUUGUGUACCUGCUCCCCGAUGCCGCGUCUCGGUUCGCCGCUCGGGCCAUCGCCCAAACUUCCAGGCAGGAGAAGAGGGUGUUCCUUAUAGAUGCGGAUGCUUUGCUGCAUGAUCCUAUGGCGAAGCACGUCGUGCGGGGCGUACUCGGUGAGAUGGGAGUACCUUCCGAAGGAGAUCACGAGUUCAUGGUGGAAAAGAUAUUGAGCCACGCGAUAGCCAUGGCGAGCAACGGGGACUUGAAGGUCCUGCCGAUGGGCGUCUUUAUCUCGUGCGUGGAUCCGAACAAUGACGAGGAGUGGUGGGCGAUGGUGGAGGGACUGGAGAAGGUGGUGAUCGCGGGGAAGCCAAUGGAUUGCGCAAUUUGCACAAGGGAGAUCGGCGCCGGUUCGAAAGGAGCUCGCAUGCAUUGCUCCCACGUUUACCACGGAGAUUGCAUCGUCGAGUGGCUCGAGAACAGCACGGGAUGUCCCAUAUGUAUGUGCGAGUUGCCUUAG